AUGGCAGAAGAACAGAGGGCCAUUGAAGAUGAACGAAGAGCCCUUGAACAUGAACGAAGGGCCAAUGAAGAUGAACGAAGAGCCCUUGAAGCGGAAAGAACAGCACUUGAAGAGAAAGCGAGAGCAGAUGAAGAAAAGAGCAGGCAUCGCGACGAGUUACUCCGAGAUACGACGUUCAUCGAAUUGAUUCGACAAUGCCAUGAGUCUCUUUCGAAGUCCAUGACACUCGGAACCAAGUCUAAAUGUACGAGAGGGCCACCACAUGAGGCCACUGGCAAGGUCUGCCCGGAUCGAUUCGAGCACUGUGCUGUUUGCAAAUUUCUCGAGCCAACUGACAAUGAUGGAAAGCGCCUUUUUGAUUCGAUAGAUUCCAUCGAAGUCUCUGGGAAACAUAUAAAAAAGAAUGAGAUAACGAGUGAAAAGGAUAUAGAACUCUAUGAGCGCUUUGCGGUGGAAAACCAUGUUGGUAUCAAAUACAUGAACCACCUUUCCAAUCUCAGAUCAUUCAUGAAGGUUCUAUGUAAGGAGAGAGGAGUUACACUGCCGAUCACUUCCAGACCUGACUCAGUCUGCCUAUGGUACGAUGAGGAGGGAGAAAGGCUAGUCUUGACAGGGGAAUAUAAACCGCCCCACAAGUUACCCAUGGAUACCCUUCGCGCAGGCUUGAGGACGCAUAACUUCUACGAGGAAAUUGUUGGGAGCCAUACUAUCCUAACGGAAGAAACAGAAAGGAUGAAAUAUAAGGCAGCCCGCCUGGCAGGCUCGGCGAUAGUUCAGGAAUAUCAUACAAUGAUAUUGCUAGGGCUGGAGUACGGGUAUGUGACCACUGGUUUGGGGAUAGUUCUCCUGCGGGUGCCUUACGACAACCCACAAACUCUGCAAUUCCACCUUCGCGAGCCCCAUAUGGAGGUCGAUCAAGGGGGUGACAAGUGGUUCUUACGGCCUUUAACUUCCAUUGCACGAGUGCUAUGUUUAACACUUAUGGGCUUUGGCUCGCAGCCCCGUGGCGUUGAAUGGUCCGCUAAGACAAAGCCCACGCUGGAAACCUGGAUCACAAGUUUUGACUUGACAAAGAGCAAAGUUGCGGCAUCCGCAGGAAGAGGCAAAACUACCCGUUCACGAGCUCGCUGCAGCGAAAACCACAUGAAAUCCAAGCGAGAGGAUACAGCAGACCCUGAUCCCGACUCAGCCCCAGGACAAAAACGCCGCUUGAUGGAUACCACAUCUUCUGCAUUACCUGCCACUGAGAGACGCUCAAAGCGUCCCAAAUAUGCAGGAGGUGGAUCCAAGAGUCGCCAGCGUCAGAGCCUACCAUUCUGCACGCAAAAUUGCCUUCGUGGCUUAAAAAGACGUGGCAAACUGGACAAAAAUGGUCCAAACUUCCAGCUUCACCAGGAGAAUGGGUCAACCCAUCACCGUACAAACACCCGUGGGCUGGCCAAGUUGAUCAAGGCUGCAAUAGAUGAGUGUCUUGACCGUGCAGAACCGAUGGGAGGCUGUGGCCUGUCUGGUGCACCGUUUAAACUGACCUGCGUCAGGUAUGGGUAUACCAUUGUUGGCAAAGGUACCACCUGCUACCUUUGGCCCCAGUUGAAUCCUGUACAGGGAUCCGCAGUCCCAGUAUAUAUCGGAAAGAUUGACUUGCGCAGGAUGUACUUUCUUCUCGGGGCGGGGCCUAUCAGACACAUGCUACUCAUGGGAUGGGGUGGAGAGAGUAUUGACGAGGUCGAGGUUGACAGCCAUAUUUUACGACAAAGUGUAACUGAGUCCGCUAAAGAUAUCCAGUCUCUUGGCGUUCAACACCAAGACCUUGGAUCAGGCAAUAUUCUCUGGAACUCGGAGCUGAGUCGGGCCAUGAUCAUUGACUUUCAUAUGUGCACAUUCGCCAUGGAAUUGGUCAAAAAGAAGCCAACCAGCAUAUGGAUCUCUUCUACUAGAGUUCACGUGGAAGAGAAUUAG